AUGUGGUUGAAAGAUUCAAGGUGUGUGGAGGUGGUUAAUGAAGCUUGGGAUGAGGGGAAGUCAAUGGGUAUAGAGUUCACUCUUACGAAUUGUCUGGAUUGGUGCCGUGUGAAGCUUGAUGCCUGGAAUAAACUUGAAUUUGGCCAUGUAAGUCAAAUGAUUGCUGAACUACAAAAGAAAUUAGAAUGGUUGGAGAAACAGCCUUUUACUCCAAAAUUUAGUACUUCUUUGAAGACCACACAGAUUGAGUUGAAUUGUUGGCUUGAAAAGGAGGAUGAGAUGUGGAGGCAGAGAUCCCAGAUUAAUUGGUUACAGGUAGGUGUUGAGGUGACAGCAAUAGUCUUGGAUUUUCUCAACUCAGGUAUUUCUCCUCCUAAAUUUAAUGAAACCCACAUAGUGCUUAUUCCAAAGUGUAAGGAGCCAAAGAACAGCACAAAAUAUAGACCAAUCAGUCUAUGUAAUGUGGUUUAUAAGAUUGCUUCAAAAGCCAUUGCUAACAGGUUAAAAAAGAUCUUACCAACCAUUAUCAGUGAUACCCAAAGUGCCUUUGUGCACGGAAGGUUAAUCACUGAUAAUGUUCUGGUAGCUUUUGAGGCCAUGCAUCACAUCAGUAGGAAGAAAAAUGGUCUUUCUGCAUUAAUAAGAAAAGUAGUGGAGGAGGGACAGAUGGGUGUUAUAGCAGUUAGUCGUAGGGGCCCUAGAUUAUCUCAUCUGUUCUUUGCAGAUGACAUUUUGAUUUUUUGUAAAGCAUCUAUUGGUGAAUGUAGUGAGUUGAAGAGGAUUUUACAAGUCUAUGAGGAUGCAUCGGGCCAACAGUUGAAUAGAGCUAAGACUUCACUUUUUUUGAGUAAGAGUACUCCAAGGUUGAUACAAGAAGAGAUUAAGAAUAGUUUUGGGGCACAGGUGAUCAAGCAGUAUGAGAAGUAUUUAGGUUUGCCUUCUUUAGUGGGUAAAAACAAAAAAAGCACUUUCAAUGACAUAAAGGAGAAGUUGAGGAAGAAGCUAACAGGAUGGAAAGAAAAUCUGUUGUCAAAGGCUGGGAAGGAAAUUCUAAUCAAGGCAGUGGCACAAGCAAUCCUGACUUAUUCAAUGAGUUGUUUCAAGUUGCCGGAUUCACUUUGUAAGGAUUUGACUAGCAUGAUUCGAAAUUUCUGGUGGGGUCAACGACAUGAGGAGAAGAAAAUGGCAUUGGUGAGAUGGGAGAAAUUGUGUGCCCCUAAAGCAUGUGGAGGUAUGGGUUUCAAGAGCCUAAAAGAAUUUAAUUUGGCAAUGUUAGCUAAACAAGGGUGGCGGCUGCAAUAG